CCUUCAAACAUGCACGCGUCCAGCUCGGCGCGCCCACUCGAGGCUCUUCCUAGCCUCGCCGCGCUGCAGAGCUGGGUACAUCGGCCACAGGCGCGGGCGCCAUGCUUCGUGAGCGACGUGUAUGCACUGCGCGCCCUGCGAGAGGAGCAUGGCACCAUCACGCGCCCGGCCAAGGAUGUAUACCUCCUCGAACGCUUUCCAUGCAAGUUUGUGGAGCUGGUAGGCUGGGCUGCUGGCGUUGACCACAAGGACGCGUCCAUCACUAUAACAUUGGACGAUGGCGAUGGCCUGUGUGUUCUCAACGUCAUUGUCAAGCUCGCGCAUGUCGAGAUCCCGGUGGGGGGGAAAGGCAAGGGGAAGAUGGAAGAUGGCAAGACGGAGGAGGAAACGCCCGCACAGAACAAGAGCGAGACUCGGUCUACAUUUCGCUCCGCACGACAGCGAGAUUUCCGAUCACGCCCCCAACCGCCCCAGCCACCAGCCAAGGUAUAUGUCCGGCCCAACAUCCAAGUGGGUGAUAUGUUGCGUUUGUCCGGCUACGUGGAGGACUGGGCGCGCCGAACAGAGACCGUACGGCAAGUAGUCGUUGACGAGGCGUCGGGGUCUGGAUACAUCCGUGUCGUGGACCCGGACGAGCAGUACGAGCAUGUUGAGGCCGUGAAUCACAUGCGACGCGAGGUAUACUCCCGUCCUUUCGAACUCCCUGCAGCAGAGCCACCAUCUUCAGUGCGCUCAUCUCCCGCGAAGAGCAUGGCAUCGACUUGGGAUGCAACUAGCGAUCUCGACGCCGUGGAGGAUGACCUGGGACCAGAUCUUCCCAACCCUUCGAAGCUAUCGUCCAAACUCCUCAACGAGAAGACAUUCAAAUACUACCUGAUGGAUCACCUCGUUCGCGAGACGAGACGGGCGUUAAGCUCCGCGACUCGGGUCCUGCUUGCCGAUCCCUCGGCGCAGGUGAAAGAGCUCGCAGCCCUUUUCCCCGAGUAUGCGGCGUGCACUGUCCCUCCACGUCGCGGACGAGCGACCCUCUCACGGUGCGUAUCUCCGACCCCAACAACGCCAGCCUGUGAACGCAAACCGUCCCCUACUCCCCUGCCACAGCGGCUUGCAACACCCGACAUCUUCACACCCAGCCGUGCGGAGAACACCCCCUCCUAUGAGACACCUCGUCCUCGAGUCACGUUUCGUUCCAAGGCCGAACGCGAAGCUGCCAGGGUCCCGCUCGACAGCUGUAGAGGUUCCCCAGCAAGUGUGUCGGGUGAAAGAACGCCAAUGGCGCGCCCUUUGCGCCGUUCUCUCCCCCCCAAGGCUGAGCGAGAACGGUGUUUCAAGCCAGGUGCCAAUCCCUUUGUUACUCAGGCCACGCCCCGCGCCUCACCCGCCAACGUCUCCUUCCUCUCGUUGGAACCUCUCUCCUUUGAGCCGUUCACCGUGCCUGCUCUUCUGGCAGUGGAAAGGUUACGCGCUCUCGCCGCGCUUGUGGUAGACGCUAGGGCGCGGCGCGAGGAGGGCGAGCGUCGGAAACGUGUUAAGGAGGGGCGCGUAACACUCGAAGAUGAGAAGAUUGUCGCCAAUCGUCGUGCCCGUGGCCUCCGCAGCAGCGAUUACAAGCUCACCGACGAGGAGCGGCAGCGCAAGAUGGCGAGAUUGGUCACGUGGGCGAUACGCACGGCUGCGUCUGAAGGCGAAGUGGUCCAGGUCGAAGGCACGAGUCACUCGCUGCGGACAAUGGAGAGCUUCGACUCCUGUGUGUCUUUGUCUGUCUUGUCUCAAGAAGCUGGAUACGUUCCUAUUCCACCGGAACUACUCGGCCCGCUUCUUCUUCCUCUGGCCGCUGCCGCACGCGCCGAGAUCCGCCCUACAUUCCGGAGCAGAGCAGAGCGUGAGGCCAACGUUUGGCAUGAGCAACGCGUUGUCGACACCCACGUUCUCCUCACGCGAUUACGGCAGUGGGGUGAGGAUGGGCGAUGGGAGCGCGUCACGGAGAAGCCCGUGCAGGAGGCGGCCGAGUGGGCCGAGGCGUCGGGCCUUCUCCGUCUCGGGGUGUGAUGAGAACCUGGACCGCUGGCGUGCACUGCGACGCCGACAAUACACCGCCAAAGCGCCGCAGUAGGCGAGGCAUUCUGGGAGGAAUCGGAGUCGGCUAACAACGGGAGCGGCAGCAAAUUGUCGCGUGGACGGUAGAUUCCCCGUUUCGCCUGAUACCGGGCAACAAUUACCCGCCAUCCGUAUACGACAACCGCAAUUCCAAUCGCGGCAGGCGCAUUUGACGAGCAGAGGAGAAGUAUUGUAACAUGAAGUAGUACAACUGUGUCUCUAUGGGUUGACUGAAUGUUGUCCGGGGGCAUGUAUGUAAUUAAUGGAAAUGUGGGUUAUUCUA